GUACAUUGGACAGUCGUCAAUAUGAUGAUCCUGCGCUCUGCUCCUUGCAUGACUUCCCCGGGUCUGUGGACCAGCCGCGGUGCAAAUGUCGAUUACACCAAUGUAGCACGAUACUGAAGAGACCAGGCCGGCAAGUGAUGUUCCUUUUGUGCCGAGAGUGCAAUCGUCAUUGCAGCCUCAAUCGCUCCGUGCGUAACAGUCGAUAUGACAGUCGACGGACGAUGUUUCUGUCUGAUUGCUCGCGAGGCAAGUCCGAUGCCGUUGGUAUUCACUCUUCCGACUCCCAUAAACGUGUCGCUAUCCUGAGUGGGCCAAGGUCCCAGCACUGCUCUAGGACAUGCUACCUUACGAGUCAUGGCGUCAGGCAGAGACGUUCCAUGCGCUCAUGAGUGCGCAAUGCCGGGCGAUGAGACGCCAAGCGACAGGAGGCAAGUAUCCAUUCUUGCGCACAAGGCUGCAAGUUUGGGCAAGCAACUGUGCUGGUCGCGUCCAACAACAGAGUCGUGGCGGAUCCGCAGUGGUCGUAGAUGCACAGCGGCUUCACGAGCACCCCCCGUGCGAGGCUUCCACUAUCAUGGGAGAUGGCCUUCCUCCUGCUUGUCUUGAACCGUGCGUUCUGGGGACCGGCUCUUUUAUGUCGCCAUGGGAACUAGCCGAGCCAAGCACUCUUCUCGGCUUGCCGUUGAGACGUAAAUUGCUGACGUCGGGUUUGCAUGCUCUGCUUGCGCAAUCUGUGGGUAACGACUGGGUGUUCAGAACUCCGGUCGCAGAAGCACGCAGGAUGAUGUGGAAUUUGCCGUGUCGGCCAUGCAUGCUGGGGCAUGUCUCGGAAAUUUUUUGGCUCGGAUGGGAAACGCGGCUGAUUGUUCAAAGCUGCUUUUGUGGCCCGCUUUUCAUUCAGCAACCGUUGUCGACUUGGUCUCUCGAUGGACUGGCUGUCUCGUGGACAGCGUGGGUUUCUUUCUGUUGCUUCUGAGACGCCUGCGCAUGCGGUUCUGGCAUUGUUGUUGAUUGGGAAGCGUCCCGGGCGGCCAUCAAGUGGGCAGUACCAGUCGAAGUUGUCGACGAGCCUUUGGACAGA